UACAAAAGUCAGCCAAAAAAACAAACAAGCAAAAAUAAACAAAUAAAAAAAAUCCAGUAGUGUUAAUAUUGUGCUGAGUAUUUGGAUGUUAUCCUCUCUAGUUAAAAUAUCAAAGAUAAAUUCAAUGAACUGAUCUAGAAAUUGACCACAGGGCCCUGGGGGGUGAUAGAGCACCACCAUGAGGCCAGACGAGGUAGUGCAGGAUUCCUUCACAGAGAGCAGCUCAAAGGAGGCAAAAUUUGGAGAAAAUUCAGGUUUACCCCCACGUUUCUUUGUUGUCCUAGCAGAAUGGGAAAAGGAAUAGUUGGAGGGUGAGUCUUCAUUUAAAGGGAGAAAAAUCAGGACAAGGCAAAGAUCACUGAUCACGUUGUUGACCAGUGAUGCCUUAUGGGAGAGCAACCUGAUGUUAAUAAAACCUAAAUUUAGGGUUACUGGCCGUAUGACUUUCACAUUGGAGGAGGGAAUCGGCUGAACUGGACAUAAACUGUGAUGAGAUGUGGUUUGUCUGUGCGGCCAUGGGAGUACGCUAAUGAGAAAAGUCAAAUUGCUGCUGUCAGAGGAAUAAUUAGAGUCCAAGUGACAAGCUGAAGUGACAUUGACAAGUGUAGUGUUUUAACUUAAAGUGAGAGCAGCAUCGUGACAAUCAGUGUUGUUUGCACUUUGAGCGGUCACUUGGUGUGAUUGAAAAUGUGAUGUGCACAAUGUUAUUACAUGCCCUUUUAUAUAGAUGGGAUGUUAUUCCAAAAUAUAAUAAGAUGCAAUAAAUAUAAUUUACAAUUUUAUGUAUAGUUUGAUUAAAAUAUAAUAUAUAGAAUUGAAUUAAAAUAUGCCAGUAUAGCAUGUUGAGUUGAACUUCAUGCAUUUGUCCAGCAGGUAGCGCCAUUUCUGCUGCUUUAAAUGGAUUAACUUCACUGACAACUUCAAACAGUUUCAGGGACGCAAACAGAGAAAAUACUGAAUACUGAAGCUCUCCCUUUCCUUCUUUUAAGUGGGAAGACCUGCGUGGAAUAGGCUACUUAUCGGACACACACCCCUCCUUGCAUGCAGUGUGGUAGGUCUGAAAGGUGGUAGUUACCUUAGUCAUUUUGUAGAUUUACCUUUUUUCCGUGCAGUGCAAGUUGCAGUUUAGUUGUGAUCACAGUGUGCAUGCGUGGUGGUUUCUAUUGGGGUUGGUGACAGAAUCCUCCCUCAAAAUGUGGAAAGCAGUAGUGUGUGUGUGCCUGCUGGUGAACGUAGCUGAGGAGCUGAAUGCGGCCGGAGAUGAGGCGAGACGACCUGCUGCAGAAAACACCGGACCCAAAACGAAGGCCAGAGGAAGCCUUCCUGAGAGUCCAAGUGGUUCUUUCUUUGGUCGUUUGCUGGUGAUACCGAUGGAUGGCAGUCACUGGGUGGGUGUGAAGGCUGUUGCUGAAGAAAUGGGUCGUCGUGGACACCAGGUCACCGUGGUGAUCCCUGAGGUCAGUGUGCGGAUGGGCCCUGGUAAACACUACAAAACUCUGACCUUUCCUGUCCCUUACGGCAAGGAAAGGAUCGAUUCAGUUUUGGACAUGUACACAAAGGCAGUGCCCAAAUCGACGCAGUCUUUCCUAGAGAAGAUGAACAAUAAAGUUUUACGAAUCUGGGAACUCCGAAACUUCAUCCAUACCACUACAGAAAGCCUGCUGUUCAACACCAGUCUCAUCUCCCAUUUAUCACAGCAGCGCUUUGAUGCUGUACUGAUGGACCCUUUGAUACCCACAGGUGGAUUAGUAGCUAGGAAGUUAGGUCUUCCCACCAUUAAUUUGCUGAGAUGGAUUCCGUUUUCCAUGGACAUGAAGUCUGCAGCCUGCCCUGCCCCUCUCUCAUAUGUCCCUCGCUUCUACACCAGAUUUACAGAUAAAAUGAAUUUCAGGCAGAGAGUCCUCAACACUUUGAUGAGUUUGCUGGAGCCUCUGCUUCGCCACCUGCUGUAUUCACCCUUUGACCAAACAGCCUCUAAGUUCCUGGGAGAGGAUGUGACCAUCGCUGAUGUUCUGUCUGACACCGCCAUCUGGUUAAUGAGGACUGACUCUAUACUAGACUUCCCUCGCCCCCUCAUGCCGAAUAUGGUGUUUGUGGGCGGCAUCAACUGCAACAUCAGAAACCCUCUGCCUCAGGAUCUGGAGUCCUGGGUGUCAGGAGAGCAUGGCUUUGUGGUGUUCACCCUGGGCUCCAUGUUACGAUCUCUGCCAGAGGAAAGAGCCGCUGUCUUCCUCGAGGCCUUCAGACAGAUUCCACAGACGGUGAUAUGGAGACACACAGGGCCAGUUCCUGACAACAUCCCAGAAAAUGUGAAGAUGAUGCAAUGGGUGCCGCAGAACGAACUUCUAGCACAUCAUGGAGUUCGGGCUUUCAUCACUCAUGCUGGGUCACAUGGUCUAUAUGAGGGCUUGUGUCAUGCUGUUCCCAUGGUGAUGAUGCCACUUAAUGGAGACCAGUCAGUCAACGCCCAGCGGAUGGCAAGCAGGGGAGUGGGUGUUGUCUUGGACAUUUCUACCAUUACCGUGGAAACCCUCCUUCAGGGACUAAAUGAUGUCAUCAAUAACAGCAGGUAUAAAGAGAGCGUGGAGAAGCUUUCAGCUCUCCAUAAAGACCGGCCCUUCGACCCCCUCGAGCUCUCCGUGUACUGGACAGAGUUUGUGAUGCGGCACAAAGGGGCGACACAUCUGAGAGCUGCUGCUCAUGACCUCAACUGGGUCCAGUACCACUGCCUGGAUGUACUGGCACUGCUGGCUACUGUGGUGCUGGCUGUUGUCAUGGUGACCACGAGAUGCAUGAAACUGUGCCUCAGGAGGCUAAGCAGGAAGAGGAAGCAGGACUGA